AACACCGUGUCAGCAAGCUGAGAGGGAAACUGAGGCAAGAUGUCGGGCCGGAGCGGGAAGAAGAAAAUGUCCAAGCUGUCCCGUUCAGCCAGGGCCGGUGUCAUCUUCCCCGUGGGGAGGCUGAUGCGUUACCUGAAGAAAGGGACGUUCAAGUACCGGAUCAGCGUGGGGGCUCCCGUCUACAUGGCGGCCGUCAUCGAGUACCUGGCAGCGGAAAUUCUAGAAUUGGCUGGGAAUGCCGCAAGGGACAACAAGAAGGCCCGGAUAGCCCCAAGACACAUCCUGCUAGCAGUUGCCAACGAUGAGGAACUCAAUCAGCUGCUAAAAGGAGUGACCAUCGCCAGUGGAGGUGUCCUACCCAGAAUUCAUCCCGAACUGCUGGCCAAAAAGCGAGGGACCAAAGGCAAGUCGGAAACUAUCCUCUCCCCUCCCCCAGAGAAAAGAGGAAGGAAGGCGGCGUCAGGCAAGAAGGGAGGCAAGAAAUCCAAGGCUGCCAAACCACGGACGUCCAAAAAGUCCAAACCAAAGGACAGCGAUAAAGAAGGAACUUCAAAUUCCACCUCCGAAGAUGGGCCGGGGGACGGAUUCACCAUUCUGUCAUCUAAAAGCCUCGUUCUAGGGCAGAAGCUCUCCCUGACCCAGAGUGACAUCAGCCAUAUUGGCUCCAUGAGAGUGGAGGGCAUUGUCCACCCAACCACAGCCGAAAUUGACCUCAAGGAAGACAUAGGUAAGGCCUUGGAAAAGGCUGGCGGGAAAGAGUUCUUGGAAACGGUAAAGGAGCUCCGCAAAUCCCAAGGCCCUUUGGAAGUCGCCGAAGCCGCUGUCAGCCAAUCCAGCGGACUCGCAGCCAAAUUUGUCAUCCACUGUCACAUCCCUCAGUGGGGCUCCGACAAAUGUGAAGAACAGCUCGAAGAGACCAUCAAAAACUGCCUGUCGGCGGCAGAGGACAAGAAGCUGAAGUCUGUGGCGUUCCCACCGUUUCCCAGCGGCAGAAACUGCUUCCCCAAACAGACGGCAGCCCAGGUGACCCUCAAAGCCAUCUCGGCCCACUUUGACGACUCGAGCGCAUCCUCGCUGAAGAAUGUCUACUUCCUGCUCUUUGACAGCGAGAGCAUUGGCAUCUACGUGCAGGAGAUGGCCAAGCUCGAUGCCAAGUAGCCGCCCCGUGCCCGCGCCCGGCCGGAGGAUCGAAGUCACAGGAGUGGGGUUUUAUUUUGUAAAAGGAGAGAGGAAGUGUGACGGCAGGGGAGCGGAGGGCAGCUGGCAGGGAAGCGGGGAGCAGAGGCCGCAGGAGCAGGUCCCGCCCACGGAAGGAGCCCUCUGCAUUUUAUAUUCUCGUUUCAAAGAGCCUCAGUCUGUAAUUAACCAGGUCUCCACGAGGGGUUUCUUUCCAUGUGUUUUCUUCCUGUUGUUUUAGAACUUUUUUAAAAAACAGACUUCGUUUUAGAUUUAUAGCAUUGACUUUUACACACACACAAAAAAAAUCCUUUCAAAAUUCUUAAAACCUUGUUUCUCCUUUUUGCAAGGGAAGAGGGCAUAAAAGUGACUUGGGCUUUGUUGGCUGUCUGUGUUCAGUGAUGGAGAGAAGAAAAUGAGAGAGGCGUCCCACUGGUGCUUUUCUUUUCUGUUUUAGUGCCCCCACCCCACCCAAUAAUAUCUGUAUCUACUCCUAAAAAGA